UUUGUGAUUGGCCAUAACCUUUUCCGGUGGGGCAUCCGUCCAAGGACUGAGAAAAGAGACGUUAGCUAACAAAUUGUUCGUGACAGUGACGAAAGAACGUUUCUUCUUGAAAAUAUAUUUCAGAUCAAGAGAUCGGGAUGGCGUCCGGCAGUUCGAGCAGCGAGGAGGAGAGGAGCCUACGUGAGUGUGAGCUCUACGUGCAGAAGCAUAACAUCCAGCAGCUGCUGAAGGACUGCAUCGUGCAGCUGUGCACCUCCAGGCCCGACAGGCCAAUGGCUUUUCUCAAAGAGUACUUCGAGCGGCUAGAAAAGGAGGAGGUGAAACAGCAGCUGAGUCAGCAGAAGUCCAGCUCACGGUCGGACUCCCGCGAGGAUGAGAUCUCUCCUCCGAUGAACCCCGUGGUCAAGGGCCGGCGGCGGCGUGGAGCCAUCAGCGCAGAGGUCUACACCGAGGAGGACGCCGCCUCCUACGUCAGAAAGGUUAUCCCUAAAGACUACAAAACAAUGGCUGCCUUGGCUAAGGCCAUUGAGAAGAAUGUGCUCUUUGCCCACCUUGAUGACAAUGAAAGAAGCGACAUUUUUGAUGCCAUGUUCUCCGUCACCUACAUUGCUGGAGAAACAGUCAUUCAACAAGGUGAUGAGGGGGAUAACUUCUAUGUUAUUGAUCAAGGUGAAAUGGACGUGUAUGUGAAUAAUGAGUGGGUCACCAGCAUUGGCGAGGGCGGCAGUUUUGGUGAGCUGGCGCUCAUCUAUGGCACCCCCAGGGCGGCCACAGUCAGAGCCAAGUCCAACGCGAAACUGUGGGGCAUCGACAGAGACAGCUACAGGAGAAUACUCAUGGGCAGCACUUUGAGGAAGAGGAAGAUGUAUGAGGAGUUCCUGAGCAAAGUAUCAAUCCUUGAGUCUCUGGAUAAGUGGGAGCGUCUUACGGUGGCCGACGCUCUGGAGACAGUGCAGUUUGAGGACGGACAGAAGAUUGUUGUGCAGGGAGAGCCUGGGGACGAGUUCUUCAUUAUCCUGGAGGGAACAGCUGCUGUGCUUCAGAGGCGGUCAGAGAAUGAGGAGUUUGUGGAGGUCGGAAGACUGGGGCCCUCCGACUACUUUGGUGAAAUCGCUCUGUUGAUGAACCGCCCGCGCGCUGCCACCGUGGUCUCCCGUGGACCGCUGAAGUGUGUGAAGCUGGACCGUCCGCGUUUCGAGAGAGUGCUCGGCCCCUGCUCAGAUAUACUGAAGAGGAACAUCCAACAGUACAACAGCUUUGUCUCCCUGUCCGUCUGAACCUGAAGCUGCCCCUGCCCUCCGUAACACACCCCCACCCCCCAUUCCUAGUUUGAUCCCCUGUGCCACAGGGUCCACCAAUGCAAAUCUGCUUUAUUUUCUUACUUCUGGAAUAUGUUCCAACACCCAUGUGCCCACAUGUGUCGUUUCUUCUUUAGUGUCUCUCUCUCUCUCUCUCUCUCUCUCUCUCUCUUGCUCUCUUCUCUUUAUUUUUUUAUUUUCUUCUUUUUGGUAAUCUGCUUUCAUGUUGCAUCGUCACUUCUCCAUGUGGCAGUUUGUUAGGACGUCUCUUUUAUAGGGCCGUCUGUCAGUCCCGUUGUGCCAGAGAUGUUUUUUAAACACACGAGAAUAUUGUGUGUGCUGUCUUGAGAGGUAAAUCAAACACCUUACUUCCUAAAGCAUUUCCUUAAAAAGGCACCCUGCUCUGGGGCUCAUUGACAACAGAGAAGGAACCGUCCCCUUCCGCUAAACAGAUACGAAGUUCUGAGUUCAAUUUAAACUGUAUUUUUCUGAAUAUUAUUUAAAUUUUUUGGAUUCUGUCUCGUAUUUUACGACUUUGAGUACGUUAGGUAAGCCAAAGGCAAGUUGCUGUCUUGUUUUCUGUGUUCAGUUUGUAAACCUAUAGCUAAUGGAAGGGUACUAAAGUCAUAUGCACCAUUCUGAAUCAUGGUGUUUAUGUUUUUGCUUUUUAAUUGUUCUAGUUGCACAUAUACAGCAUAUAUAAAAUGAAUCUAUAUACAUAUUAGAUGCAAAAUGACCAUAACCAUAUUUUUUGCACAGUUUGUUAUAUAAAUAUAUAUAAAUAUGAAUAUACAUCUGUAGAUAUAUAUGGAAAAACUAUUUCUAUGCGCCUGCUGUUUUUUUAUUUUUUGCUUUUGGUUUCAUUAUUUCUUUUAGUAGGUUUGGUGAGUCUCGCUGGAUCCAUCAAUUGUCCCAUCGCCGUUCAUUUUAGUAGUAACAUUAAAAUCCCAUUGUCCCUAGCAGUGACCUCAGGCCAGAUCUGACAGUCUCUACCCCACGUCCUGAAAGAUGUUUUCUCCUCACUCAGAAAGUAUGUGCAUCAUUGUUUCAUACGUAGUUUCUUUCUCCACGGCGCAGGCCAGUCCCAAAUAAGUGCCAAAUACCGGGUGAUGGUCUUCGUUCCACAGCAGAGGAAGAGGGAAGGGUCUACGCUCCAGUGCUGCUGUUGGUUCUGCCACAGUAGUUUGCGAUGGGGGUCUGCCAUGUCCGCUGCUGUAAAUAAACGUGGGUGUUCUGACAUGGAUUGGUGUGUUUGUGAGGUAUUCAAUGAGAGCGUGCCAUUUGGACAGAAGUUAAAUUGGCCUUUUGCCAAGUCCAAGGCAAAACACCCUACCCAAAAUCCCCCAAAGUGUAUUAGUUGUUUUUGCACCCUCAAACAGUGUUAACGUCUGGUUAUCUUUGUGGGAGGAAGUUGCUGAGAAUGAUGUCAUCAGCUGUGUGACCCUGGCUGCCUGGGCUGAGGUGUCGCUCCCCAAGUCUUAAGAGAAUUACAGUAUUGAUCAGGUUCCUGUUACAUCCAUCUGAGCGCGUGAGAGUUUGCGUGUGUUGCCACUGGUUCUGGUCCGAUGUAUGGGUCAGCAUGUCUAUAUACCGUGCAGUGGCUCGGGGCGUUAAAGGAUUGUGUCACUGAAUGUUCGAAACGUAGGUCCUGGCUCCAGGGCAUACGGUAACAUACAUGUCUUGUGUUAUAUGGUGUAGUAGUUAGUGCACAGUGCCAUAAGAAAUUGUUGCUUCCCUCUCUUUCCCUCUGUUAUUGAUUUCCUUCUGUUUCUGUCGCUGAUCAUAGUGAGUGAUGUUUAGGAAGCAUGCCACACAUGCCUCAGUCACACCUGAAAAGAUGUGUUCAGUGGUCCUAAUUCCUUUGGCUUUUUACACGUUUUUACCUGUACUUUUAUUUAAUUAAUUUUACAUUUUUAUUUUUUUUAGAACUUACAAGCUCUAAAGCAUUUCCUAAUUAU